CCCCUCGCAGCCGAGCGGGGCCAGUUUCUUCUGCGCACAGUUUGGAGCUGGGAGGACGGACCGUCUGUCUCUGUGUCCAACCCCGUUCACUCGCCGCUCCGAUCUUCACGCACCAUGGGCUCCGUGCUGCCCGCCGACGCGCUGGCUCUGAAGCCCGGAUUUAAGUGCUCCGGGCGCUCGCUGUCCGACGUGAUCACCUCGGACAUCCUGCACAGCUUCCUGUACGGCAGGUGGAGGAACGUGCUGGGCGAUCACCUGGCGGAGGAGCGACAGAGCAGCAGCAGCAGCAGCAGCCCCAAGACCGCCUUCACGGCCGAGGUUCUGGCCCAGUCCUUCGCUGGAGAGGUGCAGAAGCUCUCCAGCCUGGUGCUGCCCAGCGAGGUGAUCAUCGCGCAAAGCUCCAUCCCCGGAGAAGGCCUGGGCAUCUUCUCGAAGACCUGGAUCAAAGCAGGGACGGAGAUGGGCCCCUUUACCGGGAGACUCCUGUCCCCCGAACAUGUGGACCUGUUCAAGAACAACAACCUGAUGUGGGAGGUGUUCAACGAGGAUGGCACGGUGCGGUAUUUCAUCGACGCCAGCCAGGAGGACCACCGCAGCUGGAUGACGUACAUAAAGUGCGCUCGGAACGAGCAGGAGCAGAACCUGGAGGUGGUGCAGAUUGGCAGCAGCAUCUUCUACAAAGCCGUGGAGACCAUCCCACCUGACCAGGAGCUCUUGGUCUGGUAUGGAAACACGCACAACACAUUCCUGGGAAUUCCUGGAGUUCCUGGCAUGGACGAGGAACACCAAAAGAAAAGCAGAAAUGACGACUCCCACUCCAGCGAGGGCCCCUCUUCGUGUUCUCCUCCUUCGUCGUCCGCCCCAUCCACCGGCCGGAUGCGCUGCGUCAUCUGCCACCGCGGCUUCAACUCCCGCAGCAACCUGCGCUCCCACAUGCGCAUCCACACCCUGGACAAGCCCUUCGUGUGUCGCUUCUGCAACCGUCGCUUCAGCCAGUCGUCCACGCUGCGCAACCACGUCCGCCUGCACACCGGCGAGCGGCCCUACAAGUGCCACGUCUGUCAGAGCGCGUACUCCCAGCUGGCGGGCCUGAGGGCGCACCAGAAGAGCGCACGGCACAAACCUCCGGCGCACGGCACCGACGCGCCCCCGCAGGUGUCCCCUCCUCCUGCCCCGCAGAUGGGCGCCAUGCAGCAUCAGAUGCCCCUGGUGCACCACAUCCCCACCAUGGUGUUAUGAUACCAGACACCGGGUUCCGGCUGUGGCAGCGACGCACUUUAGACUUCGGAGCUGUGGUGGAAAUGUGCCUAUAUGAGGAGUUGACGGCAUUGUGCAGCGUCUGAUUUGGAUAUGCGUGGCCUAAUGUCUGCACGUUUGGCCAUCACGUUGAAUCUAAUGAAAAAAAAAAUUAAUUAGAUUUUUCUGUUGAUGCGUUUUCUUUCUCCCUGCAUAUAACGUAGCAGAAAACGAACAAAUGCUCUGAAGCUGAAGAACCGAGGGCCAGAAAGAUGCUCUGGAGACUUUCAGCAGCCGAGGCGGGAAGCAUCAGUCACCGAUUUGGCCAGCCAGCAGAUUUAAAGGGCACGUCGACAAAUGUUCAAGCUGUAUCUUCACUGUAAAACAUCUAAAUGGUCACUUUAAACCUGUACAGAAUGGAGAUUUGUGUAAUUGUAAAACUGUAUCACGUGAAUGUAAAUACUCGUGUGCGUUCUUCUGCGCCAAAUAAAUGAUAUGUGAUUUAAGCAA